GCGCUCACUGCUCUCUGCUACCCUCGCUUCAGGUGUGUGCUGCUGCCAACUCCAGGCGCUCACUGCUCUCUGCUACCCUCGCUUCAGGUGUGUGCUGCUGCCAACUCCAGGUGUGUAACGUGUCCCACCCACCCUCACGGCGGGUGCGGGUGUCGUAUGUGGACUGUGGGGCCAAGGUGCAGGCGCUCACUGCUCUCUGCUACCCUCGCUUCAGGUGUGUGCUGCUGCCAACUCCAGGCGCUCACUGCUCUCUGCUACCCUCGCUUCAGGUGUGUGCUGCUGCCAACUCCAGGCGCUCACUGCUCUCUGCUACCCUCGCUUCAGGUGUGUGCUGCUGCCAACUCCAGGUGUGUAACGUGUCCCACCCAUCACCCUCACGGCGGGUGCGGGUGUCGUAUGUGGACUGUGGGGCCAAGGUGCAGGCGCUCACUGCUCUCUGCUACCCUCGCUUCAGGUGCGACCUGCCUCUACUGGCAGUGGAGCUGCUGUGUUUCAACUCCUCCCGCCUGCUCGCCUUCGUUGACCUGCACCCCACGUCGCCCCACCAACUGCACCGCCUCACCCAGGGAAACCUCCUCCCGCCCACAGUAACUACCCGUCUGAACACUGUUCGCCAGCAGCACGCCCAUCUGCUCACGCCCAUGACGGCGCGCUUCUUCGCCUCUGACUCACACUUCUUCUCCCCACACCUGCUGCUCUACCGCUCUCAGGACGGCUGGGCCGAUGCCAACCUGCAGGUGAGUAAGACCCAGUUGUGCUGUGCCUGUGUGUGCCUGGGUAUUGCUACCCUCUGCCCCCCUCGCUUCUUCUCGCCCCACCUGCUGCUCUACCGCUCACAGGACGGCUGGGCUGAUGCCAAUUUGCAGCAUGCUACUCUUUGUUCCUCGCACUUCUUCUCCCCCCACCUGCUGCUCUACCGCUCACAGGCAGGGUGGGCCGAUGCCAACCUCCAGUAUGCCACGCUGCCUGUGCCACGCCACCCUCCUGCUCUGCUGGUCACACCAUUCAUCUCCUCGCCGAGUACAUCACAGCCCACCACGACGCCUGCAUGGUCAUUGCCUCUCUGUUCCCUCAACCCACCCUCUCCCUCCCGUCUCCCACCAUCACAGCCGCCCACAGGUAGUGUGUGGCAGCUCCUCACCGAGUACAUCACAGCCUACCACGACGCCUGCAUGGCAUGCCAUGGGGGGGCAGCACCACCCACACAGGCGGAGUGCCGUGCAGCAGAGGAGGGGCAGAGGGCGUUUGAUGAGUACUUUGAGCGCCACGACCCCGCCGUGAACAUGCUGGGCCAGCUGUUUGGGGAGCAGGUGAGUCUUGUUGGUGAGGUGAGGCUGUUCGGGGAGGAGGUGAGGCUCUUGUGCUGUCGCUGCUGGGGUAUGUCUGGGGAGGAGGUGAGGGCGUUCGAUGAGUACUUUGAGCAGCACGACCCCGCCGUGAACAUGCUGGGGCAGCUGUUUGGGGAGCAGCCCUCAUCACCAUCUCCAUCUUCUGUUGCUGCUCCCAUCCCCUUGUUCUCACUUCACUGCUCUCCCCACUCUCUCACACUCAAAUUCACCCUCAACCGCUCUCCGUCACUCACUUUUUCACUACUUCCUCCCUCCUACCCCUCCCCACCCCUUCAGUGGACACAAGCGUACACCAACCGCUUCCUCUUCCCCCUCGCUGCUCCCCGUCGCUCCACCGCACCUCCCUCCUCCUCUCCCUCCUUCCUCUCUGUUUCCGCAAGCCCCAUCCCUCCUUCCUCCUCGCAUUCCCUCUAG